UCCUCGUUAUUAUCUAUAUUACAAAAAAAUGUUAUCGUUAUUCUCGAUUCAACAGGAAAUGUAUCGAUGCACUUGUAUAUUAUACGAGAAACGAACAAUCACAUAUAUCGAUUACAAGACGCUAAUUAAAUCUGUCAAUUAUAGCACGCUGCUCUUCUAGCUCCACUUUGUUCGUAGGUCUUGCAGUCCGAUAAUAUCGGUCGUUUGUUUCUAAUGUGAUAUACGCGUCUAAUUUAUUCUUCUACGUUAAAAACAUGUGGACUUAUAUUUUGAUAUCUUUCGUAGUACUGAUGUCAUCGUUAUUUUAUCAUUAUCAAUUUGGUAAACCAAUCGGUAUCAUCGAAAAUCCAAAUAGCUAUUAUGAUUAUAUAGUCGUUGGCGCUGGUACGACUGGUUGCGUGAUAGCAUCGCGUCUAUCGGAUUUAUCAAAUACCACGGUGCUGCUCGUGGAAGCGGGUGGUUAUUUCAAUUGGAUGUCGGUGAUGCCGUUGAUGGCCCCGUUGAUGCAAGGAAGCAGCUUAGAUUGGGCUUAUAAAACGGAGACGCAGAAGUUUUCAUCGUUGGGACUUUGGAGUCACCAACAAUCGUGGCCAAGAGGUAAAGGAUUAGGUGGCAGUGGUCAAAUGAAUUAUCUCGUUCACUCUUUUGGGAGAUCCGAGGAUUACGAAACGUGGCCUAAGGGAUGGUCCUACGGUGAUUUGAUACCGUAUUUUAAAAAAGUUACGGAAACGAUGAGCGUGACUACCUUUUCAUCGGAUGAUCCAUUAGUUGCGGCCUUCAUGGAGGCCGAAAUUUCGAUCGGAUCUAACGACGCUAUCUUUCAAAAGGGCAGCUAUACCGCCAAAAGAGGAAAUCGAUGGAGUACCUAUCACGCGUACUUACAGAAUUCUUUGAAUCGCAACAAUCUUCACGUUCUGAUGAAUACUCUGGUUACCAAGAUAUCAUUCAACGGCACCAGAGCGGUCGGCGUAAACGUUCUCUAUAACAAUGCUUCGCGUGGAAAAAUAAACGCGAGAAAAGAAGUUAUUCUUUGCGCCGGUACCGUCAAUACCGUCCAAUUACUUUUACUCUCUGGUAUAGGACCGAGAAAAGAUCUCAACAAAUAUCAGAUACGAACGGUGAGCGAUCUCCCAGAAGUCGGGAAGAAUCUUUUCGAUCAUAUGAAUGUUCCAGUAUACGUAAAUCUCAAAGCACCGGUUAGUCUGACUUUAAAAAAGAUGCAAUCGAUUCAGGAAGUAGCCAAAUACCUUCUCUUUGGAACCGGAUCUCUUUCCUCGAAUCGUGUUUUGGCUACUGCACGCGUUAACAAUAGCGGUAUCAUUCUCUUCGGGAUGGCUUCCACCGAUGAAAAAUUGUUGAAGGACAUUGCUAAUUAUCAAACCGAGACUUUCAGGUCGCUCUUUCCUGCUUACAACGACACUGCCCACGAAGGUUUCCUCUAUCUCGCCACUUGUCUUCGACCGAAGAGUCGUGGAAACGUUACCUUGAAAUCACGAAGCAUUUUCGAUCAACCGAAAAUCGAUCCGGCUUAUCUUCAAAACGACUACGACGUUCAUUGCACUCACAAGGCGAUAAAUUUGGCAGUGGAGACUUUAAAUUCGCGAAAGUUUCGCGAGUUCGGUGCUCGCGUUCAUUUUCCCGAUUUCGAGGAAUGCCGACACUUCAGACAAGAUUACAGGGAUCAGGAUUAUUCCGAAUGCGUUAUGAGAAUCGGUGGAGUUACCAGUCAUCAUCCCUGUGGUACUUGUAGAAUGGGCACAGACGAUAACUCGGUGGUCGAUGAAAAAUUAAGAGUAAGAGGAGUAAUCGGUUUGCGAAUAAUGGACGCCAGUAUAUUGCCUUCGCCAAUUUCCGGUACACCGAAUUCCGUCUUGAUAGCGAUGGCGGAACGUGCCUUUGACGUAAUCACUGAAAGAACGAGCAAUUAAAAAUUUUGUCGAUGGUUCAUCGAAAAUCUCCAAAGGUGCUCUCUGUUUAAAAAAGAUCUCCUCGAGGGGCUAGAAAAAAAGGAAUAACAUGGGAUCGAUCGAAAAUAAGCUCGCUCUCUUGACUUUCAUGUUUUUUGUAAUUUAUAAUUAAUGGUAAAGUUUUUUUUUUCUUGUUUUACAGUAAUCGAACAGUUAUUAAUAGUCUAAUUAAAUUUCGAUUAAUUUUAUACAAACAAAAAGGAUUGAUGAGUUACACUCAACGACGAAACACGAACCUCUACCACCUUUCUGCUUUCUCUCCCUCUCUCUCUCUCUCUCUCUCUCUCUCUCUCUCUCUCUCUCACUCUUUCUUUCAGGAAUGCGGGUGGGAUGGCUCGGGGGUAAAAAAGAAAAGGAAAAGAAAACGAUCGUGAUACUUCGCGUUUCUUCGCGUUUGAAGGAAGAAAGCUUCCUUUUAUCUUUCACCCUAGUGUUCUCUUUCGCAAGGUGUUUGACAAUGGCAGAGCUUCGACGUACAUUUUUUACCUUUGUUCCUCUCUCCCCCUCCCCUCUCUCUUUAUCUCUCUCUCUCUCUCUCUCGCUCACUCAUACUAAUUCUUUCCGAAACGCUCAAACUUUUCCCACACCAACGCAAAUUUUACCUUUUUUCUUUUACUACGUAAUAAAGCGCAAUUGCAUCCUGUUAAAUUUACUCUUUCGCUUUGUCUCACUUUCUUUCACACUUACAUGCACACAACGGAUGUAGAAGUUACACCCGCUCUGUCUCUCGUAUAAAUAAAAUAUCUGUAAUAAUAACGCGAAGCUCGUUGCCCUGACAUUUUCGAAGAACACAGUCGAGACUUUCGUACGAGUCUUUGUCUCCGAGCCCCCCUUUUUCUCAACCCCUCUACGAAGACGUUCGCGUGUACGGAAAUCCUUUGAAAGAAUUAUCAGGCGGUCACGAUCGUAGCUUUUUCGCCAAUGAAAACGUGACGUCGAUAUAUUCCUUUUAUCCUUCCCUUUCCAAAGCACCCCGAUCCACCCCACAACCCAAAUCCCACGUGAUCUCUCAUUUUCAAUAAUCGUAACGUAAAUUUAAUCUUUCAACUUAAAAACAAAAUUGGUAACCACGUAUCCCCGGACAAAACACACCCGACGCUUCUCCUUCGGCUCUUUUUCGAAGAAAAGAAAAAGAGAAAGAGAAAGAAAAAGACUAUCAUAUCGUUUUAUCGACCUACGAGUACGUAUAUGUCUAUCUCCCUCUCUCUUUCUCUCU